AUGGGGGGUGGAUUCAGCCAGGAACAAAUCCAUCUCCUAGCCACCUUAAAAGAGGAGAUGUCAGCUCAUCCCAUGGCCAUCCCAGAUAAGGAACUUAAAAGCCUGCUUUUAUGGGUGAGACUCAGGUUUCCAAGUGCCGAGGCGAAUUCAUUAUUUGAGCCAAGUUUUUGGGAACAGAUUAAUAGAUCUUUAUAUCACUUAGCAACUCAGAGAGAUAAAGAGGCGUUAGAGCUCUUGUCUCCGGCACGGGUGAUGCUGGAAGUUAUUUCGCACAGAAGUGCAAAUUUACAGAGUUGCCGGAGGGCAAUUCUGGGUCCCUCGGGAGCAGAGGGAGGAUCCCACUCCAGCCAGCAGCUGGGGGAGGGAGGUCUUUUGCCGCUUGGCCAUCAGCCAGUGGAGGAAUCUUGGUAUCAGCAAGGGGCUUUAGAUAUUGAUGAAGGACCUGAAGAAAGUCAAGGUGUAUCCCUAGAAACCCCGGGAUCCCCAGAAAUACCUAGAACACCCUACCCUAGGAAAGGAAAACUCAAGUUAGAAAUUUUCCCAAGUGAGUUAGAAGACUUAGAUUUCUGUUUCUACAGCUUCUCAGCCACCUUGUCCCCAGAGCGCGGGGGGGCGGUACAAGCACCUCUAGGGGGGACGGGUGGGGCAGAGGCGGAGACGGGAAAGGCAAAAACUACCGCGGACACAGCGGGGAAAGGCGCGGGCUCGGUGCGCGCACUCGCGGGGACAGGCGGGACUCAGCCAAUCGCGGCGGCGGCCGGGACGCGCAGGACGGGGGGCGCGGGCGGGGUACGCGGGCCAGCCUCGAUCCCAGGCGCGGGGAGGGCUGCGCUGACCUCCAGCCCGGGUGUUGGGGGGGCGGAGGGCUCCAUGCCGAUCGCGGGAACGCCAGACGCGACAUGCGCGGUUAGCGCGGGCGCGGCGGCGGGGGGAGCAACAGUCCGAACCGUAGGGGGCAUAGAAAAAACAGGCGCGGUAACCAUAGCAACGGGGACAGCGUCAGGCGCGUGCGCGGUGGCGGCGAAGCGCGGUGGGCAUGCGCGGGGAACGCGAAACACGGAAGUGUCAGCAAUAGGGACAGAGAGUCCGGAAGUGAAGAGGGGGCGGAGCAGAAAACAAAGUGACAGCUCAAAUGAGAGCGAAGUGGGCGGGUCUAGCUCGGAGGGGGCUGAGACAAGCGACAGUGAGGGAGAUCAGGAUACGAGAGGAGGCGUGUCCAAGGGCAGGGCUACGUCGGUGCGGGCAGCGGGGAGGCGUGGUCGGGACAGAAGCGGCCACACCCCCGGGGCUCUGCAGGCGGGGACGGGGCGUGCCCAGGCGGGAGGUGUUUCCCUCGGCACAGACACGGCCGGUCUCAGCAGUGAGCAUCAGCUUCCAUGGCAACCGAGCAGACAGUUACACAUGAAGGCAAUAAUUGAAAGUCUUUCACAGAAGUUGCAAGAACUGUGUGAAGCUCUAAAGAGUUUCUCAGAUCCACAAGAAAAGACAGAUAGCAAAAAGGCGAAGCAAAAGGCACAGUCAACCCUAACGGGGCGAACAUCUGGUGGCAGAGCCAUAACAUUACAAGACUUUUUUCCGAUUUCUUAUAAAAAAUCCUCUUCUAAGAAAACGUUGCAGGCGUCGGAGGGGAUUCCGGCCUGGGCAGCAGGUGCUAGUGCUUCAGGCCAAGGACAAUCAAUUAUGAUUCCAAAAGAGAUUGUCAAAGCUUUUUUGCAGCACAUGGGAGCAAGCUUGGAAUCUCAUCCAGAGAUGAGGGCAGAGUUUCCACAGAUUUUCCGGACAUCUCAAGAGUCGCAGAUCCUUGUUCCUCAGCCAGGACCAGGAACAGCACAGAGAGUGCAGGUACCAGCAAUGCCGGUGAGUGAAGCAGCGUGGAUACAGACACAGCAGGUAACUCCUUUCUACAGGUCAGUGCCAAUGGAAGCACAGCCAUCUGCACCACAGACAUUAGUAGAUUGGGCAGAUAUAAGAAGGAAUUUGGCAAGAGAUAGAGCAUGUCCAAUGAUUGGUACAGGGGACAUUGCAGUGGCAGUGAAUUAUGAUGCCCAAGGGCAGAACCCAAAAUGGGAAAGAUUAACUCAUGAAGUAAUUAAGGAUUUGAUCAGAGCAAUAAGAGGCAAUGGACUGGGAUCUUCAUAUUUUAGACAACUUUUAAAAGAUACUUUCAAUAUAUAUGACUUGACGCCAUAUGAUCUCAGGUCUCUCGUAUCGCUGAUUCUUACAGACACACAGGCACUCAUCUGGGACGGCAGAUGGAGAAGGGCUCUGCAAGAGCUGAGAACAAAAUAUCAAGGUGGGCCAAAUGCAGCUCUCACUUUGGCGCAGUUAGCAGGUGAUCCACCGGAGGACAACCCAGCCCAGCAAGCAAGACUUCCACGCAACGUGCUGAUAGACAUAAAAGAAGCUGCACGUAAGGCAAUUCUACAGAUUGCACCAGCAGGUAUGCAAGACACAAUUUAUACAGAGAUCAAGCAAGGUGCUUCAGAGAGUUAUUCCUCAUACAUAGAUAGGCUCACACAAGCAGUGGAUAGGCAAGUGACUGAUGAAGCAGCCAAACCACAUUUGUUAAAAAGUCUUGCAUUUGCAAAUGCCAAUCAGGAAUGCAAGAGGGUCAUCAGUGCAAUUCCAGGUCAACCCUCUUUAGCAGAGAUGGUUGAGGCCUGCAGCAUAGUAGGCACACCACAGCAUAUAGUGUCAAUUGUGGAAGAAAGGAUGGAAAGGCUACUCCAAGUGCACAGUGAAACUUUUGAGAAGGUUCUUGCAAAUUUCAAAAAGCAGAAGAACCCGACAGAGGGACAAUGUUAUAAAUGUGGAAAUUUUGGACAUUUUAAGAAAAACUGUCCUCACCUUGUGAAAAAAGGCAAGUCAUCGGGGCUUUGUUUGAGAUGCAGAAGAGGAAAGCAUCCUGCAAGUGAGUGUUAUUCACAAACAGAUGUGGAUGGAAAACAAUUGCCAAUGCCGGGAAACUACAAAAAGAGCGCGAAUCGUCAACGCGUGAUGACAGAAGUAAUGACUCAAGGAACAGCAACAUCACAAACAGGACAAUUUUUUGGGAACAUCAAUCAGAUGCCCUCUGCAGGGCAGUUGCAGGCAUCCCCUGCGACCCAGACUUAUUGCCCCCCGCAGCGCAAUGUUACCUGGCAACUUCCAAAAUAA